CUAGUCGAUAAUUUUAUUGAAGUUGUCGCUGUCGGUUCGUCGCUUGCCACCAGCGACAACGAACGGGUCGUCGUCGUCAUUAAACUGACCCAUCCCGAAGCUGGUCUUCGCAGCGUGCAUGCCACAAACGCGCGUCUGUCACGACUAACGUUCAUCCUGGAAAAGUCAGGAACGAUUCAACGUUCUUCGUCUUUGUCGACACUAUGGCAGACCUGUCACCUGGCCUGGGCAUGAUAAGUACGCGCACAUCGCGGUCCUCGAUGUCUAGCAAUAUUAAUGCCUUCCCACUCAUGCGUCGUACAUCUGAGAGUAGUACGCCGUCAACGCCAUCCACACCGUCAAGCAUUCCAUCCUUUCGCGCUAUCCGUAAUCUCCUUCCCUUCGGAAAUAGCAAACCAACGUUGCCAGCUCAGCCCUCAACACAAACAAAACACCCGUUUCACUUUGCCUCUCUCCGUCGCUCCAGUGAUCGCAAACCUUCCAUUUCUUCUGUCCGCGACCAUCAACGUGAUCAGGAUAAUCCCCCUGUCAUAUCUAUAUCACGUCUUGAUGCUGAAGAUUUUGAUGCGCACAAGAGGAGCUAUGAUAUUGUUCGCGCUGCUUCAGCCUCCGACAGUCUCCUUCCUUCACUCUCUGCUUCCCAGUCCCCUGAUGACGAGAUGUAUGCCCCCGUGCACUUAUGCCCCGCUGACCUUAGCACCAUCCUCGAAGCUGACAACUCGGGUAUCUCGAAAUAUAUCCCCUCCGCAAGUCCUUCCCCAUCACCCUCCCCUACUUCCCCACACACUUUCUUUCCAUCCAAGGUCACAUUUCCUCCCCCACCGGCUCAGGCUAUCAAUUUUAUUUCCGAAGAGUGCCCUGUCUCUCAAACUUCUUGUGAUCCCUCUCCCACCACAUCAAAUCUCGAUUUAUCCCUUUCAAAAUUAUCUGCCGAAAUCCACGACGUCCUAUCCCCCACUACUGCCGACGGUUGGUCUAGCGCUGUCGUGGUUGAAGAUGCAGACGUGGUACCGCAAUUAUCCUCACUCCGAGGAACAAACCAUGGGUUUGACAGUGGGGAUACAAUUGCGUGUUUCCCUCAGAUCUCAGACCCAAAUGCAUCCUUUGACUUCAGUGCGCUGGAUCCUGAUCUUGCCGAGUUACUCAGUCCUCAUCGCGCGCCCAACAUGGGAGAAUCAGCCACCGAUAAUUUGGUACCAAAUGGGCCUACUAGUGCGCCAUACCCAGUUGCAACUUCGACAAUUCCUCAAACACCUGACCCUCGACUACACUCCGCGCCUUUAGCUGAACGACCUAUUACACCUUUGUCGCAAGGAUGCUCUUCCGUCGAGCCGCUAUCACGAGACUCAAUAACACCUCUAUCAUUGAACAUACGGUCAUCAUCGGUCCUCCAGCCAGAUGCACGAUCACCGGUAUCUCUGGGCUCCAGACCCUCACGAGGAGUUGUACGCUCUCCAGGGCCUACGCAGCUUCCUAUUUCCCGUCCCUCUCUAAACAUGCGUUGGCCACCGUCGCAUUUGCCAAGGCUCAUGCGGAGCGUUACUUCUGCCUCUCCUACGAUCGCUGCGAGCACGCCAGGAACAUCUGUAGAAACAGCCACGGGAACACAGAGACGUCAGCCCUUGUCUCCUUUAUCGGCUGGGCAGGUCACAGCGGACACGGUAAUGCGAUCGUCAUCGGAUACUACGGGGUUAAGGGUAUCUUCGGACACAUGUGUGCCUCGUCCAUUAGUAGAUGUCAACUUCACGCCCCGCUCUUCUUCUGAUACCGGGAUAAGGAAUGCUCGCGCGGGAUCAGCCGAGCAGAAUCAGCACCCAAAGCUGCAGAGACCCGUAUCCUCGUGCCCAAAUGUCAACGUUGUGCCCACUGGAAAAGCGCCCCCUUCGAUGCCCUAUAUCACUACAACCCUUGUACCUAGUGCUGCCGCACCCUCCAGUCUUACUGCGUCUCCCUCAACCACGCUCACAUCCUCACCUUCCGCUACCACCUCCAGCACAAACCCAAGGACUCCCACAUCUAGCCCGCCCCCAACUACAAGCACCCCCCAUGACCCAACCCAUCUCCGUCGCCGUCAUCAUCCCCACCUCUUUGUCAGCCGGAAGAGAAGCUUAAGUGUUGAUGAACCCUCAUCCUUAUCUGCUCAAAUUGAGAAACCGGGGUCAAGCGCAAAUAAUCGCCUCAAUGGUACCGAGAGGUUCGGACUUGGUGUAAGGAACGGAGUUGGAGAGAGAGCAGGCAGACUCAAGCUCACCUCUGGAGAAAACAGGCUUGUGUCCUCCCCCCUCACCCGCAGCACGCAUACACCAGGACCUCCAACCAUGGAAUGGCUUGGUCCGAGGACUGUCAAAGCAUUUGCUGCCGCUGGAUUAUUAGACUCGGAACGGGAGGAGGCUGGUUCACGGUUCGAACGAGAGAGGGCUGGGUCUGGCAGUGUCAAUCGAUUUGAGCAGGAUCGAGAAGGCGCAAGCUCGGCGCUGAGUCGGUUUAAUCGUGACCGUGAAGGCGCUACUUCGGUGAUGAGCCGGCUGGAUCGUGAUUGUGAAACGUCUGUUGGCCGUUAUGAUAGAGAUCGCGACUAUUCGACUAUCAACCGUUAUGCUUCCUUGCGGGACCAUGCUCCUUCCCGUGCGGCAUUUUCAGAGGCUGCAAGCACUUCUUCGUUGGGCACGAGGAGCGCGUAUACGACAGGGAAUGCUGGUGCACCAUGGAGCCCGAGCCCGACGUUCUCGAGUGCCGCGAGGACUGCGUUAUCGGGAAGCACAGCCCCUACGAGUGUAAGCAGUGGUGUGGGAUCGGGGGCUGGAGCUGGCGUUGGAAAUGCAAUGGGAGCGAACGUCCGGACGCUCCAAGAAAGGCACUGUCUCGAGACCUCCGCACUCCUGAAUGCACUUGCGGAUUCACAGGAGGCGUGCAGGAGACUGAGGGAGGAGAAUGGGAUGCUGAGAGAGAGAUUGAGGAUGUUAGAAGCUAUGGCAAAUCAGGACAGAGAUGAUGUGGGCUUGGACAGAGGCGUAGGACUUGGCGUGCUUAGCCGAGACGAAGCACGCGAGUCCGAUAAAACACAACGCUGCGAUCAAGACUUCGAGCGUUUGCCCAGAAAACACCUUGCUUCUCCCCGCGCCUCCCCUGCUCAUCAAUCCCAAACGCUCACUCCUGUCCCCCAUAGAAAUCUUAUCCAACGAUCGCACUCGCAUCUCCUGCAGCAUGGCAGACACCAUACUGUAUCAGCUAAAGCGUCUUUCGAUUUCACAUUUGGACGGACUCCCUCCCCGUCGCGGUCCACGCAGUUCAGAUCUCCUUCUCCGCCGCAAAAACAGCCUCAACCUACAUCUUCAUUAUCCAUCCAGCCUCCUCUUUCCCCGCAGAAAAGUCAACUGCAGAGACGACGACGCGCAAGCACAUCUUCGAGCUUGUUCCCUGCUCCACCCCCUGAAAUGUCGAUGUUGAUGUUGGAGGAUGUGGGGUUAACUAACGUGAUGAGCGAGUCACCGCCUUCUCCUGGCAGUUCCUCCCCUGUUAAAAAUUUGGGGCAUAAACAUUCGCAUUCCAUGAUUCCUCGUUCGCAUCCCUUCUAUGCCUCUCAGUCCUCUUACGCCAGUCAAUCUGUAUCAUUCACUUCCUUCGCAUCGACAGGCACAGUAGCUGCGAGCCCAAGCACUGCGACUUUCUCGAUGACUGAAGGUCCUGGGUCUCCAAAUAGUCUACAAUUGCGUCCCGAACACGAGUUACAUCUUGGGGAUAUGACAAGUUUGAGUCUGUAUGCUAUGAGCGAUGGGGAGGGGGAUGAUGGGGAUGAGGAGGUAUGAAUUAUGUUUUGUGUCAGCGAUGGUGUUCGAGGUACGGUCGCCUCCUGAUAAUUAUGUUUUACAUGCGCUAUGCUCUAGGAUGUUCAUCGUUCGUUUGUUCUGAUCCGUGUCUCAUUUCUUGCUCUAAUUUGUUCAUCUUUCUCAUUUUCAUCUGCUCUCGUGUACCGCAAAUUUGAUCUUA